AUGAGGUUCGUCGCGGCGUACCUGCUCGCCACCCUGGGCGGGAACGCGAGCCCGACCAAGGCCGACGUGCGCGCCAUCCUCGGCUCCGUGGGCGCCGAGGUGGACGAGGCCAAGCUCGAGAUGCUCUUCAGGGAGGUGGACGGCAAGGACCUGCCCGCCCUCAUCGCCGCCGGCAGGGAGAAGCUCGCCUUCGCGUCCCGCGGCGCCGCCGCCGCCACCCCUGCCGCCGCCGCCGGUGCUGCCGAGGAGAAGAAGGAGAAGGUCGAGGAGAAGGAAGAGGAGGAGGACGAGGAGGACCUCGACAUGUUCAGCCUCUUCGACUGAGCCACCGACCGCGCCAUGCCGAUCUGCUGUUCACCGUAGCUAGUUGUCUGUG